ACACACACAACCCCAACCCCAACCCCAACCCACAUACACACUCUUUCAACAUCAGUGCCUUUCAUCUUACUUAGCUCUUUUAUUAAUAACCCUUUUUCUCAACUUUUUCUUGCUAUGUAAUGUAAAGAUUCUUGAUGCCCAGAAAAAAAAUUAAAAAUCCAAUCUUUAUGUUAUAUAUAAACACCCUUUUGGAUUAUCCACUGAUUUUAACCUUUUCCCCCCAAUAACAGAAGUGUAAAAUGAUGCAGCAUUCUUCUUCUGUAACUCAAGAACCCACUAACCCCUUUGGUUUUGUAUCUCAAGUAGGCUCUUUUGUGUUUCAUAACUCAUGUAGUAGAGUCAGCAAAAGUAACUUCACUUUAGAUUCAUAUUCAAAUUUGCUGUCUAAUUACUUGUAUUUUGAUUGUAAUGUAAAAAAAGAUUCUUUGAAUCACAAGAAUAAGCCAAAGGCUGCACCACUAUUGAGUUUGAGUAUUAGUAAUAAGAGUGCUUCAUCAUUUAGUAGAGUUCUUUUUCAGUUUAAUAAGGCUAUUAGGUUUCAUUGUGAGAAAAUCCCUCUUGGGUUUGCCUCAGUUGGGGUUAAUUGUGGAGAGAGCAAUGGGGUUAGGGAUGAGGGGAGUGUAGUAGAGAAUGGGGGAAUACCUAGCGAUGGUGUCGAACCGGAACCUCCGAAAAAGGUGCUUAUUUUGAUGAGUGAUACUGGUGGGGGUCACAGAGCCUCUGCUGAAGCUAUUAGGUCUGCUUUCAAUGAAGAAUUUGGAGAUAAAUAUCAGGUGUUCAUUACUGAUUUGUGGACAGAACAUACACCAUGGCCUUUUAACCAACUACCACGGAGUUACAACUUCUUAGUGAAACAUGGCUCUCUGUGGAGAAUGACAUAUUAUGCUACUGCUCCUCGUUUAGUUCAUCAGACCAAUUUUGCUGCUACAUCUACUUUUAUUGCUCGCGAGGUUGCUAAAGGUUUAAUGAAAUAUCAACCUGAUAUUAUUAUCAGUGUACAUCCUCUAAUGCAGCAUGUACCUCUUCGCAUCUUGAGGUCCAAGGGUCUCUUGAAGAAGAUCAUAUUUACAACUGUUAUAACAGAUUUAAGCACUUGUCAUCCUACAUGGUUUCACAAACUCGUUACUAGGUGCUACUGUCCAUCAGAAGAGGUAGCAAAACGAGCACUGAGAGCAGGUCUCAAGCCAUAUCAACUAAAAGUUUACGGGCUUCCCGUACGGCCAUCAUUUGUGAAGCCGGUUCCUCCCAAGGUUGAACUGAGGAAGGAACUUGGAAUGGAGGAGCAUCUCCCAGCUGUACUGUUGAUGGGUGGUGGGGAAGGGAUGGGCCCAAUAGAGGCAACUGCUCGAGCACUUGGAGAUGCACUGUAUGAUGAAAUUCAUGGGGAACCAAUAGGUCAGGUCCUAGUAAUAUGCGGCCGUAAUAAGAAGCUUUUCAACAGAUUGACUUCAGUACAGUGGAAAAUUCCUGUUCAGGUAAAGGGAUUUGUCACUAAAAUGGAGGAAUGUAUGGGCGCUUGUGAUUGCAUUAUCACUAAGGCUGGGCCGGGGACUAUUGCAGAAGCCGUGAUUCGAGGACUGCCUAUAAUUCUUAAUGAUUACAUUGCUGGACAGGAAGCUGGAAACGUUCCAUAUGUUAUCGAGAACGGAUGUGGGAAAUUCUCAAAGUCACCUAAAAAGAUAGCCAAUAUAGUAGCUCAGUGGUUUGGUCCAAGACAAGAUGAACUCAGAAUAAUGUCCCAAAAUGCUCUAAGAUUAGCAAGGCCAGAUGCUGUAUUUAAGAUAGUCCAUGACAUGCAUGAAUUGGUCAGGCAAAGAAAUUUUGAACCCCAGUGUUGUCCUGCUUAAAUUAAUUACAUCAGCUGGUGAGAGGUAACAAGUAUCCUGUGGAAUAGUCGAGGUGGGCGCAAGCUGGCUCAGAUGCCACAGUUAUAAAAAAAUAAUUGCACCAACUCAAUUUUGGCUCGUAGUAGAUUGUACUAUUGCCUUGAUUUUCCUCUCCUUUUUUACUUUCUUGUUCUCUGUUUAUUUAUGUUCAUUUGCCUAAUAGUGUAUUGAAUCCAAGAUAAACAAAAUCUUGUGGUCAAAUUCAUUUUUAGAUAAUAUAUAUUCCUGUCUCAUGGGGAUGUAUCAAA